UUAGAUUGGCAUUUGUCAAAAACGAUGCAAAUAGUGGUAGGGACAACAUCGUAUCUUGCUGUCAGCUAGUGCUAUUCAACAAAUUAGAGAUAGAUUGCUCGCCUUCGCCGAUUCUUCGACCCCGAAAAGCUUUUCGAACGGAUCGUAUAUGUGAGACAUGGACGUGUGGCACCAAAAAUCACUUUAAAUUCUUCCCGGGGGCGGAAAGCAGUGCCACCAUCUCUGAAGGCCAGUUACAUUUUGGAAAUAAUGUCCAGGGAUAACAAACCCGAAUUUGAUGAGCGCUGCUGGUGGCGCUUUGUGGAGCCUCCCUCUAAACUUCCAUACAUGACAACGUCAAUAGAUUGAUGCAAUAUUUAUGUGAAAUACCAAGCAAAAGAGAAAUCAAUGCAAUAGUUUAAUCGACUAGACUUGAAGACGGAAUCAAAAGUAAACUACGAAGUGAUUCUUUAGGGAAAACGAUAUUACUAACUUACAUAUAUUAAUUCAGCGUACUACAAGCGCAAUUAGGCAACAAAAGACAUCAUCUGAGUGGAAGAAUUUUUAACGUAUACACUAAAAGAGACCAGCAUUUCUCUACAAAUGCAUCAUGUGAAUUCUACGGAGUUUAGUGAUUGAAAUAUUCUUUGCGAGGAUACUCUGCAACGAGGAGACAACUGAGGAAUAUUUAAUACGACGAUUUGAUCAUUAAUUUUUAAGUGAAUUUAGCCAAGAAAAUUUUCACAGUAAUAAGUAGUGUAUAGUAGUUUUGUAUAUCAAGUAGGCAAGUUGCUAAUAGAAUUCUUAGGAAAUCCCGAGAACCCCUUAGUUUGUAUAAAGUCGAUUUGUAUUUAAAUCAAAUGUACGAUUCCGAUGAGUUGGAUACGAUUGCUGAUGUUAUGGGCUUGCGAUCGCAGAAUCGCUUGAAUACGUUCCGUGAAAUGUGGUAUCAUAUAUUCCUGUGGGCCUUCUUCUCUUCCGUGUUUGUGCAUACAUGUGCCGCGUUGAUUGCAUUUGUAACGCUACGCAAACACAAAUUUGGCCGUUUCUUUUCAAUCCUUAUAUUACUAAUGGGUUUUGUGUCGCCGGCAACUAGCGGCGUUGUGAGUAGCGCUGCAAUUGCAUUUGUACAUCGAGCGUCCAGCUUGCAUAUGUCCCCCAUAUUCGCAAUGGUGUGGGGAGUUGGACAAACUAUAAUAUCGGCUUGUUUAGGCUUUACUCGAAUAUUGGCCACACUUUGAAACUUAAAUUAUAUCUACUACAGCAUAAACCUACACGAAAUUAGCAGUUAGCACGAAAUUUUGCAGUAGUUUUUGCGCUACAUUCACGAUACUUUGCUUAGCGAAUUCAAAGAAUUGGAAUGGAGAGACCAAUCUACUCUAGACACCCAUAUCGAAUGUGUUUUCACUGGAAUAAAAUUAAUGUAAGGAAUAUCGGUUCGAAAGAGACUGUAAAUUGACGUAUAUUUUUGCUGCUUGGUAUAUAUUUUGUGUUUCAAUGGCAUUUUCAUAGCGUAAAUAUUUAUGUUCGAAUUUUCCUCCUAAUUUAUAAGCAUCAUCAUUUCAAAUCGCAAUUAUUUGCAUAAUUCACAUAGAAACUGUAGCCUCUUUAAAACUGUCGCAAACAUGAAUAAAAGGAAAAUAAUGGAAAUGUUAAAUUUGUUAGAAAUUUAAGGGUUAUUAAGUGAUAAAAAACAAUAAAAGAUAACUUAUAUGAUAACUAA